CAGGUGCGGUUUACAUUGCUGCUUAGUCAGUGCCAUAAAAAAGUAAGGGCUAUGGGGUGCUGUUUACAUUGCUGCAUAGUCAGUGCGUUCUUCUACACGCCUGUCAGAGGGAACCGUAUUCUGCUUUAUUAGACUCGGUUUACUAUGCAAUCGUAUGUUAUUUUUCUCAAUAGCUCUUAGCUACUCUUCGUCACGCAAAGACUUCAAACCGGUUUCUGAACAAAAACUCUGGUAGCAUUGGUUUCUCAUUUGUUUUCUCUUUCUGUCGAAGUUAUAUUCAACUCAAUGGCAUCUACUUCAGAUUUUAACACAGGGCGUCGGCCAGAGAAUGAGAAUGCCUCUCAAGAAAUUCCAGCAACUCCAUCUGCUCCAGCUACUUAUUCAGUGGUAAGCGUAUUUUCAUCCUGCUUUGAUUGGUGUUCUCGCUUCUUUUCUACGCGUUUAGAUCAGCCCAAUUCUGUGGCAUCUGCAUCCACCACAAUUUGUCAAUCACAGAAUGAGCUUACAGAUGCUUUUCAAGGCAUGGCACCAUAUCCAUUAUCUUCUGGCAUUAAAAAGCCGCCCUACGAUAUAUUUAUUAAUCAUCGUGGCCCCGAUGUGAAAAAGACGCUGGCAACCACUCUCUACAAUAUCCUAAAUGGCAUGGGCUUAAGGGUUUUUCUAGAUUCAGAAGAGCUUGAAUUGGGGGAUUCCUUACCUAAAGAAUUAGAAGAAGCAAUGCGCAGUGCUUCGCUCCAUUUAGCAAUAUUUUCCAAGAAUUACGCCCAAUCCCCAUGGUGUUUGGCAGAGCUUUCGUUUAUGCUCAAAACUGGCACCCAAAUUGUACCUGUUUUCUACCAUAUACAACCUGAUGAUGAUGUCCGAUAUGCUAGAGGAGCCUUUGCUGAUGCAUUUAGCCAGUACGAAGUGAAGAGAAGGCAUACGCCAGAAAAGCUUCAGGAGUGGAAGAAUGCACUCUACCAUGUUUCCUAUAUUACCGGUCACAUUGUGGAUACAGAGGAUGACGAGGUAGGGGUGCUCAAAAAUAUUGUUAAUUGUGUUUUGAAAGUUAUGAAAACUGUGCCCUUUGUGGUCGCCAAACAUCCAGUCGGCUUAGAUGAAGCAGUAAAUGACUUUGAAAGGGCAACAAUUCAAUCUGCAGAAAACAAUCAUCGUGUGCAAAUUGUGGGAUUAUGGGGCAUGGGUGGCUCCGGCAAAACCACUCUUGCCAAACAUUUUUAUAACAACAAAUAUAAAACUAUGGAAAGGUUUGGUUUUCUAUUUGACGUUAGAGAAGCUGCUGCUAAAGGUGAAUUACAUAACAAGCAGAAAGAACUACUGGAGGGCCUCGGUCUGAGAGGUGUACAAGUUAACAGUAUAGAAGUGGGGAAAGAUAUGCUUGCUAGCGAAUUAAGAUCUGUUCGAGUAUUGAUAGUGGUGGAUGAUGUGGACGAUGUGGAACAACUGGAUGCACUAUUGCCUAACACGGACAGUCUUGGAUGGGGUAGCUUGGUUGUAGUCACAACAAGAGAAUUUGAAGUGCUUAGAUCUUGGGGCAUUUCCACAGUUUAUAAAAUGAAACCACUGGAUCCACAUUAUGCUGAACAACUUUUUUGCUGGCAUGCUUUCUUACAAUCAUCACCAUUUCAAGGGUUUGAGUCUUUAGUAAAAAGCUUUCUAAAUGUUUGUGAUGGAUUACCAUUGUCUUUAAAGAUUUUUGGAGCACAGUUAUAUGGCAAUUCCAGCAAAGAUUAUUGGAAGCAUCAAUUAGAUAAGAUUUCCAGAAUACUACCUAAAAAUGUGAUAGGAAGGUUAAAAGUAAGUUAUGAUGCUUUAGAUGAUGAAGAAAAAGAAAUAUUUUUAGAUAUUGCAUGUUUUUUCAUUGGAGAGAAAAAAAAUUUGGUCAUUAAUGUUUGGGAUGGAUCAAAGUGGAAUGGUCUACACUGUUGGGAAAGGCUAUUCAAUAAGUGCCUUGUUGAACUUGAUGAUAAUGAUCAUAUAAGAAUGCAUGACCAUUUAAGAGAUUUGGGAAGAGAAAUUGCAAAUCAACAGUCACCAUACCGUCUUUGGUUUCCACACCAGAUUAUUAAAAUUUAUGAUCAAACACAGAGUAUCCGCAUUCGAGGAAUAUCAUCUACAACAGCUGGAUCCACAAGUGGGUCUGAGGAGUUUCCACGAUGUUCGCUGGGUGGGGAGGUCAUGGUUGACACAAACCGAGGACCAUAUAGCCUCGCACCAUCUUCGCUUGGACUGAAAAUUUUUCAGGUUAAAAGAAAUUAUUAUAAACAAAUAAUUGCUGAUGUAUCAAGAGAGUUGUUGUGGCUUCGGUGCUUUGACAUUAGGCAGAGAAAUCUUCGCUCAUUUAUUUCAUUGGCAAAUUUGAGGGUAUUAGAACUCCAUGAGCAGCAAGCUGAUAGUCACUUAGAAGAGCUAUGGGAGACUGACAGUGAUGCUCCAGUGCAAUUAAGAGGAUUGAUUAUUUCCGGUUGUUAUAACUUCAAGAGGUUUCCAGAUUCAAUAGGUUGUCUGAGUCAUUUGAAAACAGUCGUCCUUAAGAGUGCCAGGUCCCUGAGGGGUCUCCCGAAAGAAUUUUGCCUUCUACGAUGGCUGGAGCAUCUGCAAAUCGAAUGGUGUGUUAAGCUGUCAUCAUUACCUGACAGUUUCGGCAAUUUGAACAACCUGCGGCAUCUGGGUUUAGAGGGAUGCCAGCAAUUGAGUACAUUGCCACACUCUUUUAAGGACUUGAUAUUACUGGAACAUCUUGAUCUAAACCAAUGUGAUAAACUCACCUUAAGGUCAGACAUUCUGGAAAGCGUGAGAAAGCUCCAGUAUGUGAACCUUUCUGGGUGCAAGCAAUUGGAGGUUUUGCCCUCGAACAUCACAAAUCAGGAGUCGUUGAGAACUCUUGACUUACGUGGUUGCAGGAGCUUAUGGGAGGUGCCAAUGAACAUUGGUCAGCUGAGCAAGUUGCGAGUGAUGGAAAUAGGGAGUGAGCUGUUGACAAGCUUGCCUAACUCUCUGGGAGAUUUAUCGUCUUUGACUGAUCUCCGUAUUGAAAACUGUCCCGGGCUUGAGAGUUUACCAGACUCGGUGGGUUGUCUUAAUCUCUUAGAGAAUCUGUAUAUAAUCUUUUCAGGAGUAACAUCUUUACCAAUAUCAGUGAGGCAACUGAGUAAUCUACAUACACUGGCCAUAGACAACUCCUUAACGAGCGAAUUGAAUCUCGGGACGGGGUCAUUUACUUUUUCUUUAUGCCAACUAAAGUGUAUGUACCUAUCGUCAAUAAAAGUUCACAAGAUUUCUAUCUCUCAAGACAGUUGUCCUGGGCUUGAGACUCUUCAAAUUCUAAAUAUUCACAAUCUCAGGGAGAUAGAAGUUCUGCCGACUACAAUUAAGGAACUAGAUUUGAGAAGAUGUGGAAAUUUGAGGGACAUCAGGGGUAUUGCUGGUCUGGUAAGCAUUCGAAAGCUGAUAAUAGAAACGUGUCCAGAGUUGGAUGUGCUUCCCUGUUUUGCACAAUCAGCUUCUCUCCAAGAAUUUGUUUUCCGAGGUUGCUACGGAGUCAAGAAAAUACAAGGUCUGGAAUAUUGCAAAGCAUUGAAAGAGUUAAGAGCAGAUACCAAGUGGGAAGUACAGGGUAUAGAAAGUUUAGAGCCCCUGGAAAAAUUGAAGUGUGUGGAGCUUAGAGCUAACAGGAGAUCAGGUGUUGAGAGUUGCAUUCAAAGCAUGCAGGAUUUGCAGAAAUGGCCUGGAGAAAUAUUACUAUGUACGCGGGCAGUCUCUGAUGCUGUAUCUCUUGUGAACUCUUUCGCGUUUCCGACUAUGUAUCUCGUUGACUCCUUUACUAGCAAAAAUAUUCACUCCAAAACAGUAUUGGUUCAGGAGCGACUGCCCAGUGAGGAUGCCAUUAUUGUAUGUUUUGUUGUAAAUUGUACUUGUCGAAGCAUGAUAUUAAAUAUGAUAUUGAAAAUAUCUUCCAUGAAUAGUCACAUGUUUUCAACGGAGGUGGAGGAGGGUAGAUGGUUCUGGAUAGGUCUCUUCACACAGCGUUCAAGGAAUCAUGUAGCACAGAUGUACAAUAUAAAUACAUAUUCAGGCGAAGGUGAAGUGGAGAAAGGAUUGCUUCUGAUGGGAGAAGAGCAGAGACUUAUGCAGGCAAUUCGUGAUUUAUGGGCGCUUUUAGCAAAUUGAUAUUGAAUCAAAACUAAAAUAGGUUUGUAGUUGUUUAUUUUCAAACAUGUAUUGUGUUUAUAUUCUUCCGUUUGUAUUCUUCUUUUGCAGUUCAUUUAAACUGUUGGAUGCCUUCCACUCCCAUAAGUGUGCCCAUUUCUAUAUGAAGUAGUUCGCCAGAAAGAAUGUUGAAGAGCUUUCCUAUCCGUGUUUCCUUCA